AUGUGUUUUUUCCAGUUUCUCAAUCACCCACAAUUGUCUUCAAUUAUUGACGAAAGUGAAGAACAAGCUCUGGCUCAUCUCACUAAUAUUGAGGUCGAUGAGUUUGAUGACAUCAAAAGCGGAUUUCGCCUGCGUUUUUAUUUCUCGCCAAAUGAGUUCUUCGAGAACGAAAAAAUAGAAAAAGAGUACAACCUCGGAGAUACACCCUCAACCACCGGAACCACGAUACGAUGGAAAGAGGGCAAGAAUUUGGGCAAAAAGGGAGAUUCUUCAUCGCCGCUUUCCUUCUUUGAAUGGCUUUCGGAAAAUGUCGAUCCAGCGCACGAUGACAUUGCUGAGUGUUUCCAGGUCAUCAAAGAUGAUAUGUGGCCAAAUCCCUUGCAAUACUACCUCCUGCCAGAAAUGGAAGAAACGGGCGAUGAUUUUGAAGAACUUAUUGAUGACGAGGAAGGCCUAGAAGAGGUAAAGGAUGGCGAGUUGUUGUUAUACAAAACGUUCCUACUUCUUCCAGGUAGACGAUGAGG